AUGUCCAACAAAGCGAGGAGGAUGCUGUUUCUUCUGCUGAUCAUCCUGAAGGAAGCUGGACCGACCGCAGCCUGCAGCAGCAGCUGUUCAUCAGAAUGUAACUGCAGCAGCAGAGGCCUCACCAGUGUUCCUCAGGACCUGCCUACAAGCAUCACUCGGCUUUCCUUGGAAGACAACGCCAUCACAAACCUAACUGACACAUUUGCAGGACUCAAUAACCUGUGGUACUUAAGUCUUCACAGUAACCAGCUAACAAGCCUCCCAGCUGACAUAUUUGCUGGACUCGCUGACAUAUUUGCUGGACUUGAUAAUCUGCAGCGCUUGUGGCUUUCUCAUAACCAGUUGCAGACACUAUCCCCUGUGUUAUAUGACAUACUGGGUUCCAUUGAUGUUAGGUCUGACCACCCUUUUGAUACUGUUAGAAUUGAUAACAACCCCUGGCAGUGUGACUGUAAGAUGGCUCCCUUUAGACAGAGGAUGAACGGGUCUUACCCAUUUGAAAGCCAGAUCACAUGUGCCGGACCUGCCAACCUUGCAGGGCAACUCUUACGGGAUGUAAGUCAUGAAAACCUGAUCUGUGAGGAGACAACACCAGUCCACUCCACUAACACACACCAUGUUGUUGACUCUACCCUUAACUUGUCUUAUGUCAGCAGUUCUCCUACUUUUCAUCAGUCAGCAAAGCCAACAUCAAAGGCACCAACAUUGCCCCCAACAUCCGGUAACACUGCUGGCUCUAACAAAGGCUUGUCUACAGUCAGCACUUCCCCUUGGUCCGAUCAUUCAACAAAGUCAACACCAAACCUUCCUACACCCCAUACAGCAUCCAAAAAAUCAAAAGCAACAACACUGUUUCCAACACCAAUCAAAACACCCACUACUCCUUCCCCUCUUUCUAAUGCUUCAGCAAAGUCGACAUCAGAAGUUCCAGCAUCUUCCGAAGUACCUCACACAGUACCCACUGCUGGCUCUAACCCAGACUUGCCUACAAUAAGCCCUGAAAAUGGUGCCCAUCCACAAGCAAGAGAAGGCCCACAGUCCCACAAAUAUGUCAACAGCCAGGUGAUAGAAGAAGCUGCUAAAGAUGCUGCAGCUGGUCUAAACGCUAUUGUGUAUGAGGAUUAUUAUGAGUCAGUUGAUAGCCAAUCCCAAACAGCAGUUGCCCCUGGUGCUGAUAGUCCAAACCACUAUGAAACCCUGAGGAACCCCAGUGGUCAGCAGCAGCACACCUACACAUCCCUACUGCCUCGUAAUUUGCAACAACAUUAG